AUGGCGUCCGAUGGUCCGGAUCCGCAGUCAUUGAAAUCCUGGCAAGAUGCAUUUCACUACCCAAUUCCUACUGUGCGCCGCGUGGAGCAGGAGCUGCGCCGGGACAUCGCAAGCAAUAAGGAGAAGCUCAGGGCUCUUGUCGGUACGAGAUACCGAGAACUCAUUGGCACUGCCGAGACGAUUGUGUCGAUGAAUCGCGAAAUGGAGGAUGUGGAUUCGACGCUGGCCGACAUAGGACGAAGAUGCAAUCCACGCCUGAUGGAGAAGAUGUACACACAUUACAACCAGAUAAAGGAGGAUAGCCAUGAUGAAGAUGCCGCGAAACGAGCGCUCGGAGGGCAACUGGCUUUACUUCAUCGCUGCGCAUCGUCAAUCUCUAAGCUCCUGCGUCGACGCGGCUCCGUCUUGCUUGUGGCCAAGCUAAUGGUCAUCUCUCGUCUUUUACACAAGACUCUCUCCCAGCAGGCGACGGUGCCACCAUUUGUAGAGGACCUACGCAAUCAAUUAGCAUCCCUCCAAAGAAGUCUCUUGAGGAGGCUUGGAAAGCGGCUCGCGUCUGCUAAAUACACGGCUGACGAGAUCAUUGAGGCUUUGGCAGCAUACUGUCUUACAACUAGCUCUUCAUCGGAUGACGCCAUCCGCUACUUUCACCGGGUUCGCUUAGAUGGCAUUGGAAGCCAGCUGGAGCUUGUCGACCCGUCAGGCGAGAAUGUUCUGAGCAGCUUACGGCUAUAUGUUCGGACACUCCAGACUUCUAAGAUCCUGCUAUCUCGCCGAUUGUCAGAUGUCCUGAGCAAGCUGAAAGCACGGCCUCUGCUGACAGACCCUGAAGUGCGGAGUUUGGACGACCUAGACCUCGGUGUUCUGGGACGCUGGGUUGCUGCAGAUGUUAACAACUUCACACCAUGGAUCAAGCUCAGUGAGCUAUCAAAGUCGGACGCCGAGAAGACGAUUAAGCAAUGGUCGAAACCGGCUUUCGACAAGUUCCUAAUUGGAUGCCGGGGCACCCUUACUAAAUGGCUAGACUUCUCGAAGCUUCUCUCAUUACGCAAGCAGACACUGGAGCUCUGGCUAUCUUCCCGAAGCUCGACACCCACCCAUUCAUCGUUACAAGUUCUGGAAGGAAUUAGGUCAGUCUUCAAUGAUCGACUUAGGGGUAUUCUGUCAGAACAAGCCAAGACAUUGGACCUAUUUGGUCAAGGUGUCGCCUCUGCGGUGUCGAAUUGGGGCGACAGAACCCACACGGCUUCGCAGUCACUUUGGGCCGAGGACAUGAUUUCCCAUGAUUAUUCCAAUGGCUCUACUGCAUUCAAGCAAGCUGUCACGGACAGACUCCUGGGGCGUGAUGAUGACGUAUCCGCUGUCCUGGAGAAAUACCAGGGAUGGUUGUCUGCCAUCGAAGAGUCCAGGGAGUCUAUCGACGGCCUACGGCAAGUACGUUGGUCCGACGUCCUGGAUGAAGGUGAGGACGAGGAUCUUGAUAUCGACGUCUCUGCCAUGCUGAACGACGAUGAUCCACGACUGCUCCGUGAAGCCCUUCAGGUGGCAAUUGGAGAAGCAUUCAAUACACUCCAAAGUUCGCUCAGCACAACCUUUAAAAUGCUCGAAGAGCAGGGACAAAGCGGUGAGGCCGCUUUUAUGCUGAAGACUAUCCGACUGGCUCGAAGAGAUCUGCCUGUCCAGUUCAUUGCGAGCGAUUAUGCACUGUCCCAAAGUAUCGUGCCGGAUUUGCAGAGAAUCCUUGCGACAGACAUAGUCAGCCGCACAGGCCCCUGGAAGUCUCCGGCUACUUCGAAAUCGAAGUCUGGUAAAGUGCCAGGUCGUACACUUUGGGAGGGUGAUCCUCAAAUUCCUGUCCAGCCGACACCAUCGACGUUCAAAUUCCUGCGUAAACUUGUGCGAUCUAUGGAUCACUACGGCGCUGGACUUUGGGAUGUCUCCACGACGCAGACGCUAAAAUCUGCCAUGAUCAAGGGACUCUCGGAGUCUGUCACAUCCUCAAUUGAGAAGCUCAACUCACCUGCCGAGAUAGAGGGCAGCAAGAAGCCUGCCUCGCCUGAUGGCGAAGAGGCAGAACCGACGCAGAACGGCGAGAAUGGCGAGAAUGGCGACCCGGCGAAACCAAAGUCCGAAAGUACCAAAUCUGACGAUGCCGAUGAUAUCAAGGACCGGAGGAUCCAGCUUUAUUUCGACACCGUAUACCUGACUGAUGCAUUAGCGAUUCGAGACUCUGAACGCAGCCAAUUGGCAGAAGUGUUGGAUACACUUCGCAGCAGCCUCGACUUGCCUGAGAAGGCAAUGAAGAAGCUAGAGAACGCUGCGCACGAGUACUGGAAACGGACCCAGCUAUUAUUCGGGCUCUUGACUGUGGGAGCUGAGCACUAA